AUGAACUCGGUUGUGAGAAGUUUGAAUAGGGGAUUGCUGCUCCCUGCGUUGGGAUUUUCGCUGGGAGUGGGCUAUUUCAUUAGGGCUUGGCCCGAUGAGGCUGGUUCGAUGACGUUGCAGGACAACGUCUCCUCGAAAGAAGGCACAGGUUUGCAAUUGCAACGAAUGGAUGUACUAGAGGGCAUAAGAAAGAAUGGACUGUAUCGUAGAUUGCUCCAGGACCCUGAUUUUGAUCAUUCGGUGCAGAGUGAAAAGAUCCCACCUGGUCAUCGUGCUUAUCAUGUGGGACAAGGGAUCUUGUUUGGGCCAGAAAAGCUGGGGAUCGAUCCUGUGAUCUUGCAAGAUACAAAGAGACGAGAAGUUGUUAUAUUCUACCACUUUGGCGCCGAUUUGGCAAAUGAACAGGGUCAGGUGCACAAGGGCGUUCUGUCGCUAGUGCUAGACGAAGCGUUGUGUUAUUGCGGGUUCCCCACUUUACCAAGCAAGAGAGGGGUGACUGCAAAACUGGAUAUAGAUUUUCAACGUGGAAUUCCAGCGGACUCGACGAUUGUGUUGAGGGCGCACGUCUCGGAGUUCAAAGGUCGUAAAUGUGUUAUUGAAGGCACUCUGGAGAGUGUACCACGAUUUGAGAACCCGUGGCUUGCCUCUCUGUGGAAACCAGCGGUCUAUGCUAGUGCAAAGUGCAUUCUUGUAGAACCAAGAUGGUUCAAAUAUCUCAACUGGCUUAACGUCUUUUAG